AGCAGUCAUAGACUCACUGCUGUUUGCUUCCUGUGUCAGCUCCUCUCUGACAGCCAACAGAGGGAAAGUUCAAACCAAGCGACGCUGACUUCUCCACAAAACCGACACGCAAUGUCUCAUAAAGUGUGCCAGCCACCUUCUUUAUUAGACAGAUGGAUGCAGGAAAACAACGAGUUGGUGAAUAAGUGGCAGCAAAAAGCAGGAGGAGAUGCUGUGAGCCGAGACCAGAAAACACAUCUAAGAUCUUGCUCCUCUGAGUUUCACAAACUUUUACAAAAAAUCCAAGGUGUCCCUCCUCUUGCGGAUCACACACAGUUGGAGCUGACAGUAGUGUACAACGCCUGUGUGUGCUCUGUUGCUCAGUCUCACUUCUCAGAAGCUGAGCUGCUCCUCAUACAAGCCACAGAGAGAGUUCUGCAGAUAACAGGAGAUAACCCUGUUGCUACAGACCCUCCUGUGUUUUGGAAAACUGCUCUCAAAUCAGUGGCAAACACAGCUUUAAAUUCCUCUAUACAGUACAUUCUUUGUCUGCAGUGGGCAAUAUGGCUGGCCACGUGCCAGCUAAAAACUAUUCAAGAGUUUCAGGAUGAGCUCUUCUCUCUGUCUGAGUCACUAUCUACUGGAGACCGGGUUGACAGGAGGAGUGGGGCAAGUGGAAAAUCCUCUGACAUCCCACUAUUGGUGAUGGACCCAAGAAGGCUUUUUGAAUUAUUGCAGAUUUGUACAUAUAUUGCCCAAGGUGCAGAAAAGUUGAGCGAGGGUCAAAGUUCAGAAGCGCUGUCUGUCCUGCAGACAGCUUCCUCCCUGCCUGCUCCCAAAACUCUAGUAGCAUACACACACCUCCUCUCAGGCUCCUGCCUCACCCAUAUGAGUUGUCCUCAGAUGGCAUUGCAGUGUUACAGGAAGGCACUGGAGACAGACUCCUGGUGUGUAUGUGCUCUGUAUCAGAGCAUGCUCAUCUACAGACAGCUGAGCAACACACAGGCUGAGAUACAAGCUCUCCGUUUGCUGCAUUCAACUUUGAUGUUGCCCUCUGCCACAGAGCCUGCUCUGGCUGGUACUCAUCUCCUUUCUCCGUCCUUAUUGCUCUGUAGCAAACCACUAAACAGCCUGCUCUCAGUUCCCUCUGCCCUCUUUGUCCUUCACAGUCUGGCCCAGAAGUGUGUGAUCUAUGGGAGGGUGUCAGAGGGUGUGGAAUGUUAUUUGGACCUGCUGAAUACUCUUCACUCAGAAGAUCAACAUGGAAUGCAUACUGAGGUCCACUCCCUCCCCAGGUUGCCUGAGCUUUACCUGGAGGCAGGCGCUGCUUUACUCAUGGCCCGACGGCCCACCGAUUGCAUGGCGCUGUGUGAUGAAGUCAUCAGCACGACACUGGAGCUGCUGCCAGAUAAGUUGGUGUUGGAGGAGCCAGAGGAGAAGUGUGAGGCUGAGGCCAGGCCUGUGGGUGAAGAGGGUGAAGACAGGGUGGGGAUGCUGCUCUGGACUGGGGCUGCCUACCUCCUCCAGGGUCACUGCCACACUAACCUGAAGGACUGGAAACAAGCUGUCACUCACUAUACAAGGUGUAUCAACCUGCUGGUAAAGGUGCACUUUAAAAGGAGAGGUUUCCAACCACAGAUUCCCAGUGUAGACAUGGUUGGCAAGCAGGGAACAGAUCUGUAUAUCCUCCAGAGGCUAAAGGGGCUUUCACUAGCUGGCAGGGGCAUCAGCUUCUCCCAGACAGACCAACUGAGAGAGGCACUGAGAGACCUCCAGCUCAGCCUGCAGGCAUUUCCAGACUGCGUGGGUGCAGGCCUGUGGUGUGGUGAAGUGUUGUGGAGGCUUGGCAGGAGACGGGAGGCAGCAGCUUGUUGGGAAAAGACCUGGAGCUUCACCACACAAUCCUCAGCGGAGAAUCUUUCUUUGUACCUAAAGGAACCUCAGUCUGGCCCUUUGUUGGACUCAACAGAGCUGCGCCACAGAAUACAGGGACUUGGUCCUACCUUGUCAGCCUAGAGACAGACAAAAGAAGAAUGCCCUAUCACUUACUGAACCGGAUCAACUUUCUUUGCCCUGUGAACUGAAACCCAUACCCACAACAAACAUGUAUCCACGAGGAGAGCAAAAUAAUGCAUCUUGGAAGGGCUUAAAUAGUUUGAGACUAAGAGUAUACACAGUGUAAAUCAACCUUGCAGCUGGUUUAUGGAUGAAAUGAUGAAACAUUAACAUAAAAUUAUCAUAAUAAAUAAAAGAUGUGUUUUGGCAAGGCAAGAGAAAUAAAGACUUUAAUAACUGAU